GUACUACCACCCGCCCUCAGUCGCCAUCAUCACGAAAGCACGGAACAGAACGCGCAUACCACUUGCCAUCGACCGCAUAAUACCAAUACGACACCGACGAUGCCAGCGACCACGGCUGAGACGCUGCAACUCGUGAACCGCACUGUUUCCGUAGCGCCUCUCGUCCUCCUCUCAGCUGCAGAUCACUACGGCCGCUCGGCGAAGGGCACGCGGAAACGUGUGGUGGGCGUGUUGCUGGGUCAGAAUGAUGGGAAAAGCGUGAGAGUGUCAAACAGCUUUGCUGUGCCAUUCGAGGAAGACGAAAAGGACCCUUCCGUAUGGUUCCUGGAUCACAACUAUGUCGAGUCGAUGAACGACAUGUUCAAAAAGGUCAACGCGCGCGAGAAGCUCAUCGGGUGGUACCACUCCGGUCCCAAGUUGAGGGCGAGCGAUCUCGAGAUCAACGAGCUGUUCAAGCGUUACACACCAAACCCACUCCUGGUCAUCAUUGAUGUUCAGCCGAAAGAGGUUGGGGUGCCGACAGAUGCGUACUUUGCCGUGGAAGAGAUCAAGGAUGACGGCACGACCACAUCGAAGACUUUCGUUCACACCCCGAGCACAAUCGAAGCAGAGGAGGCGGAAGAGAUUGGGGUGGAGCACCUGCUGCGCGACAUUCGCGAUGUUGCAGUUGGCACUCUCAGCACGAGGAUAACGAGCCAGCUGGAAUCAUUGCAAGGUCUACAUCUGCGAUUACAGGACAUCGGGAAGUACUUGCAAAAGGUCAUCGACGGAGAUCUGCCAGUCAACCAUGCCAUUCUCGGCAACCUUCAAGACGUUUUCAACCUGCUGCCCAACUUGUCAACGCCGAAUGAAGUAGGGAAGGAUCUACCAUCGCUCAAUGGUAUAGUAAAUGGCGGUGUUGGUGUGUCCGGCGGGCACACGGAGAACUCUGAGCUUGCGCGCGCGAUGAGCAUCAAGACCAACGAUCAGCUCAUGUCCAUCUACUUGUCCAGCUUGAUAAGAGCCAUCACUGCUUUCCACGAUCUCAUUGAGAACAAGAUACAGAACAAGCGACAGCAGGAAGACGAGGAUGCGAAGAAAGAUGAGGAUAAGAAGGACAAGGAACUGAAGAAAGAGGAGAAGCUGAUGCUCAACGGUACAUCGGAGAAGGGAGAGGAUGCGACGAAAGAGGGCGCAAAGAAGGAAUCUCCUCCGUCUAAGAAGAAAGGUUGAGACGAAAGCUCCUCCAAUGAUGAUACAUGCACCACCAAGCAUUAGCGACGGCGUCAGGAUGUCUGUAGCCUGGAAGAGCGUAACGGAAGCGCGGCCAGCUUAUCGAAUUCGGCUGAGAAAGUCUACAUUGAGCAUGUACAUUACCACAGAUAAGACUACCAACGAGACUGGCCCGCAGCUCGGGGCGAGUGGCAUGCAACGAAUAGAGCUGAAUAUGACGAAGAGUCUUUCUGCCAAGCUCUUGCUGCCUGCAGACUCCUCUCCCCGGAGGCAUGGAAAAGCCAUCAUUUCCACGAUGACCAUUCAAUUCACUGUGUCCGUCACGUAGGAGGUAGGACGUGCCGCUGCUCUGUCUUGUGCAAGACCGAGCAGGAGCCAUGGGCAAUUUUAUCGCUCCAGUGCAGGAAACUGUCAAUCGUGGGCGCACCUCAGUGGCAUGCGCGAAUCGCAGGAGAAGUGCACGCGCGUGAUCUUUCAAUCAUACCAUCCAGCAGCCGAGCCUGCCAAUUCCUCCAUGGACACCUCUUUCUCUUCCACAAAGUGAGAGAAAGCGCCGCAGUGCUGAACUAACAAACAGGCCAACAAAUGCUUACAGAUUGGCACAUCGUCCCCCCGCGUAAGUCCCCCUACUAGCACAUCGGACUCCUCGGUCUGAUCAUCAUUCUCCUUCUCAUCAGAUUGUGGCGCCGAAGCUGGGAAAGCGGAGAAGACGAAAGCUGGACAAGAGCAGCUCCACGCCUGUAGUCGUACCUCGUAGUAAUUGACAUGCUCGCGAUUGUGACCCCUGUGAGUGCCGUAGUGCUGCUGUGCUGAGCGAACCAUAUAAGGACGCGUUUGUUGUGCCUGCGUUUCGUGCGACUGGACUUGCAGACGACUGACGAGAUUCCGGUCGAGAAGAUCUAAUGCUGGGAGAAGCUCUUUCUCGAACAGAGCGUAGAGUGUCAGUAGGAUAUUUUUGCCUUCUGGUGCAAAAUCUCGAAGCGGAUUGGCGACGUGUGAUGCAUCCACGCCCUCUGAUGGGAGUGAGUGGAUGAGAGAUGUUAACCAUUGCCGUUGGCGGACUGUGGCAUUUGCCAUCGCUCAUAGGCCGGACGGCCGGGCAGAUCUAUGAGGAAUACGAUGUCGGUUUGAAUCUUUCUGCUUUUGUGACGUGUCUGCCGGAAUGCCUGGGAGCUCUGACGCCCGAGUGGGAGCGGAUGCUUCAAGUUGACGUGCCAAUCAUACAUGUAUCGAUCCGGUGUGGUCACUUCAUCAGUGGCAGGCCGGGAGCCUGAAGCUGACUCGCCGAAUGGCAGUGGCCUGUGGCGGUGAAGGGAAGGGAAGGGCCGAGAAUGGCGUGAGAAGAAAGAAGUAUGCCUGGCCUUGUGCACUCCGUCACCAGCCCAGCGCAUACCGCGUAGUUCUGG